AUGUCUCGAGCUCUCAUAUACACACUCAAACGGGAGCUGGACCACGAUAUCGAAGAAGUGUGGUCCAUAAUCUCCAAGUUCGACCAAGUCGCCGCAUGGUCACCAGUGGUUGCUCAAUGCACCACAAAGGGUGAAGGGAUCGGUUCAGUCAGGUAUGCGGUAACCGACUCAGGCGUCGAGUUCAAUGAAAAGCUCGAGAUUCUUGAUCACGAAUCGCAUAUCAUUAGCUACAGCUUCGAGGAGCCUGUGCCGCUCCAGGUGACCGGCCUGUCCGGGACGCAACAUCUAGAAGCAAUUGAGCCGGGCAAAACGCGUUUGACGUGGAUUGCGGAGGCCGAUUCGCUCGAUGAGGAAGUGAAAGCCGAGUUUACCCAGCUAACGCAGGAUCUUGUUAAGGCGUCUGUUGCUGGACUUGCGGAAGUGCUUGAGAAACGCCAGGGAGGGGCAUCGAAUUAG